UUUUCAUCCAAUGUUAAUCAUUUUUUGAGCUUGAUUAAUUUGAAUUUGCACCGAAUAGAGUCAAAUCAUAAGAGCGAUUCCUACAAAAUAAGAAUUUAUACUCGAAGUCUCGAUACUGAAACCUCUUAUCGAGUGAGAGCAACCAACAAAGCGAUACCAACCACCACCUUCUAUUGAUGAUAUCAAUUAAACUUUGGUAAGACCACCACCCCAAAAAAAAAAACAAUGGGCCACCACAGUGAUACUUGUGGACAAAAAGUCGAAAAAAUGGAAGGCAUCCACAGUACUAUAUAUGUGUGGAUGUGUAUGUAUGUACAACUAGCAAUUUUUGGAAAUAUUUUUCUUUCUUCUUCUUAGCAUUUACCUUGUGUUGUUCAUACAACAAAAAUGGCUAAGGAUGAGGUGAUUCUGUUGGAUUUUUGGGCUAGCAUGUUUGGCAUGAGGCUUAGGAUUGCACUUGCUGAAAAACAGGUAAAUUAUGAGUAUAAGGAAGAGGAGGGAUUGCUCAACUUCAAAAGUCCUCUGCUAUUACAGAUGAAUCCUAUUCACAAGAAAGUUCCAGUAUUGAUUCACAAUGGAAAACCAAUUUGUGAGUCUAUUAUUGGAGUUGAGUACAUUGAUGAAGUGUGGAAGGACAAAGCCCCUUUGCUACCUUCUGAUCCUUAUGAGAGAGCACAAGCUAGAUUCUGGGCUGACUACAUUGACAAGAAGUUGUAUGAUUCUGCAAGGAAGAUUUGGGGAACAAAGGGAGAAGAGCAGGAGGCAGGUAAGAAAGAUUUCAUAGAAUGCCUUAAUGUACUGGAGGGAGAACUUGGAGACAAGCCUUAUUUUGGAGGGGAUAACUUUGGUUUUGUGGAUAUUGCUUUGAUUGGGUUCUACAGUUGGUUUUAUGCCUAUGAGACUUAUGGUAACUUAAGCACAGAGGCUGAGUGCCCAAAGUUUGUGGCAUGGGCCAAGAGGUGCAUGCAGAGGGACAGUGUCGCUAAGUCAUUGCCUGACCAACAUAAAGUCCUUGAGUUUAUAAAAGUUCUUAGGAAGAAGUAUGGAGUUGAAUAAACAUAUUGAAAAAAGGCACUUCACUGUGCCUUCUUGAGUUGUUGUUUCAAGAUUUGAGAAGUUUGUAAUUUGGGCAUGGUUUAAGUAAUACUUUUACCUGUAAUAAAGGACUCUAUUAAGUUGUCUUGUUGGAGGUUGGCUUGUGUAGUCCUUGUAUUUAAUUCUGUUUUUUCUUCUUUUCUUGUAAUGAGAAGUAAUCACUUUUUUAACGUCUA